UAAUCAGUAAGGUUAUCAAAAUUAUUCAAUAUAAAGAACCUCAAAAUGCAAGAAAAGAUGCGAUAAAACAAGCCCAGGAUGUGAGAAUGCAAGAAUAAGGAUGCAAUAAACUUCAAAGAUGCUUUAUAGUGUUAUGGCAUACAAAGAUAUUUCAAGCGAUUUGCUAAGAUGGACCCAUAUUUUCUAAUAAUAUGCUCUGAUUCCAAUGGAUCAGUAUCUAAACAAUAAUCUAAGACUUCAGUAACAAUCAGGUGUUGUCAAGACAACAUCUUUGACUUGUCGCCUUAUGGUCGUUAUAAAAUAAACUCUGAGAUGACAGCUGUCAUGAAUAACAGCUAUCAUGGAUAACAGCUGUCAAGCUUUUUAUAAAUGAGUGAAAACUUGUCAGCUGUCUUUCAUUCAUUCGAAACGUGGGAAAACGGGAAAGUCAUGGCAUCUAUAGGAGGCUUUCAUUGUUUCCAAUGCAAGAUCUUGUUCAGGACUGUAUAUGCAUUGAGAAGGCAUCUCAAAUGUCCUACCAGCCACAGUCUAUGUAAAGACCCCAUCCAUGAACACAUUUAUAUUCUGGAAUACUUCUCGAGUAUGGCCAGCGCUAAAACUUGGAUACAGUCCAAAGAAUUAGAUAAGAUGUUCUCUAUUGGUGCAACAAGAGACAACUACACGAUUUAUAAGUGUCGUCACAGUUUAGCUUCAAAGCAAAGUGCUCCCUCUCUCUGAGAAGAAGAAAAGGAUAAGGCCACAAGGAAGAAGACAAAGAUCCCUUUUUACCCAUGCAAGGCUCAACUAGUAAUCGACUGUCAAAAGUUAUGUUCCUGUCCAAGCACUACGGAAGGAGAUAUUUGUCAAAAUCAAAACUUCAAAUUUCGCAUUAGGGGUUGCACCACCCAUUGCCACGAAUUAAACUCUAAGUACUAUCGAAUUUCGCAAACAACAAAAGAUAUAAUUAUAUCGUUGUUGCGAACAGGAGUUCCCAAAAAGACGAUACUCGAAGAUUUUUGUGGGGAAGAAUCGUAUGAGAAUGUUGAUUUUAAGCUUGUCACCUUGCAAGACUUGACAAAUCUUGACCGUAUUUACGUUAACCAUGGCGUUGACAAAAGCAAAUCAGAUGUAGAAAACAUUUGUGCUUUAAUGGAGAGAUCGGAUUUUAGAGCUUUUUCCUUCGAAGGACUUCACUUCAGCAGCAUUCCGGACGAAAUUGCCCCCAAACAAUUAUUUGGGUCUGAUCGAGCAUUUGUUAUAUAUGCUUCCGAUGACAUGCUCAAACAAUUUCGAAGUCAUCCUGGUACUUUGUUCAUCGAUGGGACCCAUGGAACAAACCGUUCCAAUUACGUCUUGAUAUCAAUUCUUGUGGCCGGUAAUAUGUUCCUUCAAUCUUGGGGUGUGGGUUAUUCUUGUGAAGGUUUUCUAGAGACCUUUUUACUUUAAGAUCUAUUUCUCAUUUAUUGUUGUAGAUUCUAGGGGCGAGGGAACCCCUGUGAUGCAAAUUGUGGCGGAAUCUGAGUGCAAAAAUUCAAUUAAGCCGGCUUUUGCAUUACUCCAACGUCUAGCUCCAGAUGCCGUUCCGAACGUCAAGGUCUUGAUCACUGAUUUGGCUCCAGGAUUCUUCAAUGCAUGGAUGGAGGUAUUCCCGGGGAGCUCUGAAAGGAACAUCAAAUGUUCCUGGCACGUUCUUAACGCGUGGAAGCGAAAGCUCUUGCCAAAUGAUACUGAACUAUAUCAAAUACUUUGUAGUUUGAGAACAGUUCCACUUGUUCAAGAUUUUUGGAUUCAAUUUUAUAAGCUCCAACAUGAUUAGGCAAACAAAUCGAAUGGAUGGGGGUAUUUCAUUGACAAUUAUGGACCCACUGGCAAAAUAUCAAAUCCAGAGGAAUGGGCAAGGUGUUUUUCCAAUGGCUCUAUCGCCCACAAUUUGAUAAUCGAACGCUACCAUCGUACAAUCAAAGACUACGGGAUGAGCAGAAAGAAGAGGAUGGAUGAAACGUGCUUCGACUUAACAAGAAUUGAUGGCUUUUAUCGUCGCAAGCAUGAAUAUAUCAAACUAGGGAUUAAAGGUGCUCACAAGCCUUCACGGAUGCAGAAAAACUUUGAAGCUUUGCAUCCUGAAGAUGAAAACUUUAUUGUAACCAACAAUGAAGUAGGAUUCGUGGUUCUAAGUGUGCGAAGUAAUGUAGAAUAUGAAGUGAAACCCAAUGAGAUGGGAUGUGUCCAAAAAAACUGCCUUGUACGUUGUUCGAGGUGUGCGAACCCCAAAGCUUGUGGUCAUUCCUUUGUGUGCUCUUGUAUGCAAUAUUCCUUGCGGAAUGUUUGUCCACAUUGCCAUGUGGUGGCUAAGUGGGUUGGGCUUCACAUGUCCGAGACGUCUGACGCCAUACCUGACAAAGCUACAGAGGUAAAAAACAUACUUGGACUUCCGGUCAUCCUUCCGGUCAUCCAUGGUGUAAACACGUCCUCAGAAGCAAACUCUGACAUUCUCACCAAGGUAACGACCUCAGAAGUGAACUUGGUCGUGCCGACCGAGACAACGUCCUUGGAAGUGGAAAGCAAAUUGAAUUCAAAGAACUUGGAUCAGAGCAGGCGGUAUGGAAAGGCGUUGGAAAUAGUUUCUGAAUGGAAGCGAAGCUUGGAGUCCGCCGAGAGCUUUGAAGACGCUCUGCCCUUGAUUGAAAAAAUCGAAAGAUCCAACCAUGACAGAAAGAGCAAUAUUUUCCCGCUGUUGGACAGAAAACGAAAGCGGGAGCGAACAUCUUCCAUUUUCCCUGCUCGAAAGCUUGUUAAUGGCAACAGAGGAAGUGGAGGUACAGCCUCUUUAAGAAACUCCCCGAUUCAAGAUAUGAUUAUUGAAUGUUCAGCUGUUCAGAUUGAUGACCCAUGUUGGAUGUUCCUAGUAACACAUCGUAUGAAAGAUGUCAUUUACAAUUUAGGCAAGACAACGGGCAUUGACCAAAAGAUAUUUUUGAAAAAAUACGAAACCGCAAGAUUGAUAUGGAAUUGUGCAUUGUGCAAGGACGUGAGUGUAAUUGCCCGAAAUUUAUCCGGUUAUGUACAAUGUGAUAUUUGUGAUAAAUGGUUCCAUUGUGAGUGCGUUGGAGUUAAACAUGAAAAACUGGAGGAGGAAAAGGACAGCCCUUGGUUUUGCUCAAAUCAUUCCCCUUAGAAUAUUGCUCUUUCCAUUUGUUUUGUUUGCCAUUUUUGAAUACUUAUGAA